UAUUUGCGCAAGUUCAAUCCUCCAUCGUCAUUGUUAUUAAAUACGCUGGAUGCGGUCAAAACGGUUAAACUCAAAAGUGAACAAAGAAGCUAUGGAAAGUGUGCAAAAGACUCAACUCGGCUCGACAGAAUGUGCACAAUGUGUGGCUUUUCGUAUAUUUAGAGCAUGAUAUUGUGUCUAUACAGAAAAGUAUGAUGCGCACAUAGCGCGGAUCGCAAAUACAAAUACAAAUACUGGUUUCACUGGUUCAAGUUUUCAAUUUCGUUUGGUUGAAUGUGCGCUGUGCUGCAUUGCGUUGCACUCGACUUAUUCUUGCACAAAAAUGCCGUAUGUUCAUUCUUAUUCUUCUCUUUGCACUCUCGUUUCAUAUUCUACCAAUAGCAGUCACCGCUCUAAAACAAGCGAUUACGGACGCUUGACUCGUGUUUCAUAAGCAAAUUUUUUUUUCGCUUGUGGUCAAAAAACAAGUCUGGUUUCGUUUGGUCGAAAAUUUCUGGCAAAAAAAAAUUUGAUAAUAAUUUCGCAUCAUUGAUAUAUUCAUCGAUAGAAAGAGCAAAAAAAAAAUCUUGCGCAAUCGUUGUUUGUCAACGACGAAAAAAUUUGUUUGGUCCAAACGAUAACGACAACGACGACGAAGAGGUGUUACAAAAGUGUGAGUGCUACACAGAGCAAGUGGCUGUGUGUCUUUUCAGCAGAUCGUUUUCUUUCGCAUGACACAAUCAACGGGUUUAGAAGAAGAGAGAAGAAAGAGAGCGUGCGUGUGCGUGUCGAAUUGAUUUGUCUAUUGGAAUUCGUUAGUGUGCGAGCACAACCAACCAAAUAGGCCGUUGAAAUCGAUGUCGGUUUUUCUUCUUCUCGUUUUUGUUUAACGGGUGUCGACGACAAGUGUUUUUUUAAAUGCAAAUUCCAUGUUGUUGUAAUUUUUUCGUUUGUCAGAAAUUUUAUCUCGCUCGACUCAUUUGUAUAUGCACACACACACACACUGUUUAUGAUUAUGGUGAGAGACGAUGAACCAUGUGGCUUAUUUGAAAUCAUCUUAACACAUUGAACACCAUCGGAAAAAUCGGCCAUUUGUCACCGAAUAUUCGCUACAAAGCCAGCUAACAGAACAGUUGGACUGACGCGAAUUCUCCCGCUUCAGAAACUGAAAAAAAAAUCAGCCGUUCUGACCGAAGGAUAGCAUUAUCGUUUUAUCGAAUUGUAAACGAUAUGGCUGACUAAGAAAAUUUUAUUCAGAGAAUGUGACGCACACUAAAUUUAUUUGUGACUUGUUAAUAUGUGUUUUUGUUUAAAAUUGAGUGUAAAUGCAUUCAACUCUAGAUUUUCUUUGUUGCAUCGUGUAAUUAAAUUGUGUGCGUUUUUUCCAAACAGAAACCAUGUAUAAUCGUUUGAUUCAGGGCUAACAUGUGCUUCGUUGUGUAUUUGUGAGAAAAUUAGUAUGAUCCGAAAAUAGCCAACACUUUGUGUUUUUUUUUCUGCUGCUGCUGCUCAUUCGUUAGUUCAAAAUGCAAUUUGUGAACCAAGAGUUGAACAUAGUUUAACAUUUUGUUGGUUCAGCGUUGUGUGCUGAUUUUUUCAAAAACAUUUCGACAUACUAUGCAUAUAUGAAUCCCAUUUGAGUGUAAUAUUUCGUGCCAAAAUUGGAUUAACUUAAGAUAUUUUUGGAUUUUGGCGACAGCUCGCGUUGAUCUUUUAACAAUUGUGUCAAAUAUUGGUGCUACCGUUCGCUGGUCAUUUGGUGAAACAUUCCAAAUAUGGCAUCCUACGAUGAUUUAGAUUUUGAAUGGUCGCUUUUAUGCAAAGAGAAUGAGUGUGCUGCGUGGACCGAAAAUGGUAAGUGUUUCACUAAUGCUCACGCUUAUUCGUUCAAUUUGCCCAUAUUUUUCUUUCGUUCAAUUUGCCAAUUAUUUUUCAACCGAAAUAAAACAAUAACAACAACAAAAAUGACUCAAAAGACCAUGACUCGAUUGUGUAACCAAACUACUUAUGAUUACAACGAGAACGCUUAAAUUCGAUUGCGACAAAUUGCUAAUUAAAUAUUUACACCAGAACCCCCACAAUAUUUGCUUUAGAUAUAUAUAUAUACUUGCCACAGGUACUUUGACUUUGUGUCGAAAUUAACAUCUUUAAGCAGUUUGCAAACGAAAGAGAAAAACAAAAAAAAACCUUAAAUAUAUUCAAUUGGUUCUUCUUUUUUUUCUUCGAAACGAGAAUUUUUUUUUCAGCCGCUUUGAUCUUUUAUCACACGAUGAAGAUGGGUUUUGUGUGAGUAUUGGUGGACAUCUCAUUAAUAUUCAUAUGCGGACAAUUUUUCGCCAAAGUAGAAUAUUUUAAACGCUGUGUGAUGUUGAAAUGUUCGCACCAAACAUUUGCUGUUUUUCAUUUCUUCCACUUCAACGGCAGAGACGGCAGUCUCAGUCGAUGUUGAGUGCUUUUUGAACGAAAACCACUAGAAGCGAAAUGAAUUUUUGCAUCUGACGUAUUCGUUUAAUAUCGAGGUAAUGUCGUUCUCCGUUUGUUUGUUUGCUGUUUGAAGACUGCGUGUGUACCGUUCGAAUUCGAUUAGUGGGGAGACACUUAUUUCAAUGCGUGUGUUUUGAAUAAUAACUAAAUUGGUUUGAUUUUCAAGAGUUUAUGCGGUUAAAAUAACCAUGAUUUAUUCAACGUGUGAAAAAAAAGAAAACUUGAAACAGGUUCUUAUGUGGAAUGCUUCACACUGGAAACGCCUGGACAAUAGCCAAACGAACGAACAUGAUUGUCGUGCAUUAAGGGAAUAUCUCUUCGAAAGAAGGAGAAAAAAAAUUCUCUCUUGAACGUGCGAUAUAUUAAACAUUACCGUUCCAAAUAGACGCCCCAUAGAAUGUCUCCAUUUCAUUUGUGUUUCAUCUGUCUUCAAUGACUUUUUCCAUUGUUGCGUCGAUUCGUCUCUAUUUGUUUUGUACUGUAUUGUCGUCAUGUUUGACGCAUCGAAACCAUUGUUUCUAUCGCACAAUAGCUCAAAAAUGUGCAUAAUUUGUGGUCUUUUUGAAAUAUGAAGAUAAUUUCGUGUAAAGACAUCUUGCAAACAUACAUUUGCUUUUGUAUAGCAGAUGACAAACGCUGUGAAAUGAAACGAAAUGUGAAAUGAGGCAAGAACCCAAUCAAACAAUAGCGAGUAAUAUUUUAUCUAAGGCAAACAUAACUGUCGUCUAAUUGAAUGACAUUUCUGUACACAACGUACACUUAACCUAAAACAUCUUUGUGUUGUGAUGAUAAUCAAAUGCAUUUUCUCUCAUUGUUUCAUACACAAAAAAAUCCACUAAAAUGAGAGUUUUACCUAUAAUUAAACGAUAAUUUAUGCCGAUAUUCUCAAUAUAUUUUGAAAGGCUUUAUGGAAAUUUCCUCUGCACCAUGCUGUUCAAUUAGGUCCUCUUUCGUAUCAACAAUCUAAAGGAAAAUUGGUUCGAAAAAAAUGGGAUUUCAGCAUUGUCAUCGUUUGUUAUUUACAUUGCAUUAGAGAAACGUUUUAUGGGCUUGAUCACAAAACAUACUUUCACUUGGAAUCGGCAAUAAAACGAUGUCUUAGACGAACACUCUUAGUUUGCAAAGACAUUGGCAUGAUCAAGUACAUCGAGAGCUCCAUCUCACCCACAAUGUAUUACACCUUCUGUUGCAUGCACGCGCGCCUUCAUUAUACACGCACACGUUUGCCGGCGCAUUAAACAACAUCGUAAAAAAUCCUACAUCCGUUUUUAUGGCAGUUACGAUGAAAGCGAAUUUUGGUCUCACCAUAAAUUGUACACCAAGGUUGGUGCUGCUGUUUUUUCUCUCAGUUCUUUGGACUGAAGCAGUACGCAGACAUCGAAUAUCAUUACGAAUGCAAAUGAGGUAGAACAGGUGCUACGGAAAGGAAACUUUGGACUGGUGGUUUUUUUCAAUAAAAUUAUUUAUAUUGUUUUAGAGAGGCCGUAAAAGUGGAGGUAUCGAUUAGCGACACGACACCAUGCAACUUCUUACUACGAUUGCUGCGUUACGCCAACUAACUCUUUUGGGCAUUUGCUAUUUUAUUACCCGUUGUAUUCUCCUGUUUUUUUUUGUACACGGUCUAAAGCGACAAGUCGUUUCUAUAAAAUGAUGACUCUAAAACACAUUAUUAGUAGUCCGUUCGAUGCAAAAAGGUGUUGAAACAACUUCCUCAAUGCUUUUUAGGUGGACACUAGACAUUUAAUCACUGUUUAAUCACGUCCAUUGCAAUUUAAUCAAUCAUUGCAACCGUGUUGAUGUUGAUGUGAAAUCGCCACGCGGUUUUUUUCUUCUUGCUGUUUCAAUGGGCAAUUUGAACUUUUUCGAUCGAAGAGACAAAAAAACAACGCCAAAAGUCAUAAAACAUAAUCAAUUACAAAGUCGUUAUGAAUCGAAGUCAGAUCUCUUGGAAAAGAGAAAUUUUUGUAUUUAUCAGUUGUAUCGUUUAGCAAAAACUACCAUGCCCCAUGUCACGUAUCAUUAGAUUUUGUUUGUGCAACCGCAACAUUGUAGUUUGGUUGUCAAUCGAAUAAGAUGUUUGUUGUUGCAUGAAAACAGACAGACAAACGAUCGUUUCGUGUGCGGCUGCUGCCUCUGCUUGGAGCUAAAAAAAUUGAUUAACGAUGUCAUAUCCAUCGAAAAUGAAUUGAUUUACUGAACGCGAUAAACAUGAGAAACGAUCGCAUUCUAAAAAAAAAAUUGGUUUCGUUCUGCCUUCGCUCAAAACAAAACGACCACCUAAUUCGAUAAUGAACGGUUUGGACGGGCAUUAGGCUGCAUAUUUUCGUAAAAUUGAUCACGAUUUUCAAUUACAUGCUACAGUUUACAAUCGAAAAACAUGCAAUUUCGUACGGGAAAUAUGGAAUUCUCGCAGUGGAUUUCGUGGAAUUUUGCAGAGAAUUCAUUCAACUUAUAAAUGAUUUACAAUUCAACUGCAGCUUGACAUUUAUACGUCGCUAUUGAUUUAAAGACUGAAUUCCGGACCACAGAAACAAGCGUCAUCGACAACAGCAACAAGCAUGUACAUUGAGGUAAUUAUUUUACGGGAUGGGACAGUAUGUGGUUUGUGAAAAUUUCGUGCGAUAUUUGGCUGACGAUACGAUCAAUUGGAUAGGAGCUGCAUUCUGAGAAAGGGCAAAUCGUGCCCGUGAUGACAGAUAUCAUAUUUAUCUUCUUUCGAUUGUAAACCGGAGCUGAAAACGUUUGUUUUUUUUAACGGUUUUCUCGUGGUUUCACUUGCAAUCGAUAGUUAGAAAUAGGUCAAUAGUGCUGAAAUUCAUCUUGCUCAUGAGCACCGUUGCAGCGAUGAAAGUGAAAAUCCAUAACGUUUCUAUCAAGUUUUGAUUGAUCAAAGUUCAAUGACCUAUCAUGCACCAUAUUCUCUUGAAACAAGCUAAAAUAAUUCACGCUUAAAAAAGUUGUCAAUUCAACUUAAAUUCCAAACACACGAAUUCCAAUCUAAUGAAUGCAGCUCAAUGACCAAGAAUUCAGUUUAUAGCAACGCUUUGUCGAAUUGCAUGUGCUUGGAAAUUAGUGCAAUCGCAACAAAAAUCAAUAAUUUAUAACCGGCUCAGCCCACAUUUAGAGCGAGUUUUUUUUCUUCAAUUUUACAAGUGUCCACAGUAAAUGGGAAUUAACUGCAUUGGAUCACACAUGAACGAGAAAUAAAACUUCGGAAAAGAUCAGCCGCUCGAAAAACUGUAACAUUUGAAAUGACAACGACCACAAAAAAGAAACAAGUUACAGUCUGCAUCCAAUUUUAAUCAUUAUAUGUUUAGUUUCGUGAAUAAUGCAAACGGUGAGCUGCUAACUUGCCCAACAUGGUUUUUAAAAAAAGAAAUACAACAGAAAACCACCGUGUGACUCGUCGAUACGGUUUUUUUUCCCUAGUUCAUCAUAGGCAUUUCUAUCGCUUUUGGCUCACGUUUGGCGACAAUUGGCGACUCGAUCGCUUCCUGCUCGUUAUGAUGAUAAAUAUCAACAUAAAUUGGAAUUUCAAACAACGAAGAAAAGGUUGCAUCGUUUCCAUCAUUUCUUUUCGAUAAUAGAAAACAGACGAGGUAAAUUGAAUGAGUAAAUCUAUUCAAUCGAUUAUUUUUACGUAAAUCAUGAUAAUUAUCACUCAAUAUAACUCGUUAUUAUCAGUUUAUUUCAUUUUCGAUAAUUGCCAGCCAAUUAUUCACCGUUGAAAUGCGCAAUUAAUUGGAGAAUACGGCGUCAAUCGCCGCUCUCAUUGCUCAACAUCACAGAAGAAAUAGCGGAGUGGUUUUUGUUUUCGUCUAUUGGACCCUUUCUUGUACAUAUAAGUGAAAGUUAUUUGUGGCCAAUAUGGUUUCGGUUGUGAAUUAAUGCUUGUGGAGGCGUUUCGCUGAGUAAAAAUAUACAAUAUAUUAUCGAAUGGCCAGCGGCGGCGUCGAAGGCAAUCACAAAAAGUAAUAAUCAUAAAAAUACUUUGAUUUCGCUGUGCUAAUAAUUAUAUUAACAAGCGUUAAUUUUUUCGGAAACUUUUGCGAAUAACAUUUCAAUUGAGCCGCUCGAAACUCAAAAUUGAUUUUGGGGCUUCGAAUUUCAUCGACAUUUAUAUGUGACCACGCGAAUGUAAUGUUAACAAAAAUUCGAAAAAUUAUAUGUUUUUGCUUGAUUGGAACCGAGUUGCAAUACCAUAUAUUGAUAACAACGCCCAUUCUCUUACUCUCUUCACCAGGCCGGGGAUGUAUUGCAAAUAAUUUCAUUAAGUUGCAGAAUUAAUACAAAAUAAAUUACUAUUUAUUCGUUCACACGAACCACAUUCGUGCUCAUUCAUAACGCUUUAGUUUUUGAAAUGAAUUCCAGGGAGGAUUCAGUCGAAUGAUGAUGUUCUUCUAACCUCAAUCCCAUUGAAUUCGUUUUCAAUUAAAAUGUGCUGAGGUCAUUGAACUAUUAAUGCAUUUUUGAAGAUUCGUUUCGUUUCUCUCCUUUUUCGGUCUUUCAAUCUUCCUUUUGAAUGCUGUGAGAACGUAACGUUGGAUCAACUCAUUGUUCGCCAUUAUUCUUCAGAGAAUUUAUUUACCCAACGAAGGUGCGUACAGAAAGCAAAUAAAAACAAAGCAUUAACAAAAAAAAAAUCCGACCGGCUACUGGCAAACUGGUAUAUAUGUUAUGCUGCGUUGUGUCAAACGAUGUAAACAUCGGUUCGAUCGAUAAUUUCGACUACUGAAGCAUAUACACUCCGUACACAGCAGCAGCAGCAGCUUCGUAACUGUCAUGCGCACAAUGUGCCAAACACAAUGACCGAAUGACAUGUACGCAAUUCGCGAUGCUACUCUAGCACACGUACGGGCUGAUUUUGUUAGGCAGCCGUAACGAGGUGCAUUCACACAUACAUACAUACAACACAUCGUCCAUAUGGUACACACUACUCUUGCCAAAAGGAUGGAAAGGAACAAAAACACAGGAAGAACGCGACCAUCGGGUCUGGCUUGUUAUUACUGUAUCGUGUUUAGUCGCAAUAAAAUUCGGCUGAACAAAGGGCUAAUAAGGUAAACAACAGAAAUUCAAUGGUACAAGUGAAAUAAACCGAUCCAAGUGAACGUGUUCAUAAAAACUGAAAGUGAUUUUGUGAUUGAUAAAACAAACGAAAUUUAAGUUGUAAAUUUAUCUAAGUGAUAUAUAUUUAAAACGCAGUCAAAAUGAGUUUAUAUAAUGAAAUGGGCUUAGACACAGCGAUGGACGACGGAACAUCCAAAUAUAUGCUAGACGAUUUGCAAUUGGCAGCAGAACUCGGCAAAACACUGUUGGAACGGAACAAAGAGCUCGAAGGUACCAUCAAAAACCAACAGAAUAUCAUCGAUGAUCAGCUACAAGAGAUAGAGUAUUUGACAAAACAGAACAACGCAUUGCGGGAGGUGAACGACACACGGCUAAAGAUCUAUGAAAAUAUCGAAAUUAGCAUACAAGAUCUGGAAAAGCAGAACCAUCGAUUGAAUGUGGAUAACUCGGGCGUCAAAAAGAUCAACAAAACUUUAACCACCACCAACGAAACACUCGAGGAGAAAUGCGAAGAGUUACGUAAACAAAUCGAAGAAUUGCAUCGCGAAGUGGAAAUUGAACGGCGUAAAAAUGAGCGAUUACAGAUUGAACAACGAACGAAAAAAGAUGAAACGGUCACUGCACCUACAAACAUUUGUUCGAGGCAACCAGAUUCGAACAAAAAUAUGAGCAGCACAUCACAAAUCGAUGUGGUGGUAGCGCAUGCAAUGACAAGCGAUAGUCAAGCGAUGGGCAUCGAUGAGGUCGACCGUCGACUAGCCGAAACAUGUGAUAAUGAGGAAAUCAUGAACAUCAUCACCGAAUUGGAUGGCACUAAACGGCAAUUGAAUGCGGAACGGCAACGCGUAUCGGAACUUGAAGAUCAACUGUCAUCAUUAAUUCAAGAUAAUCGUGAGCUACAGAAUCGUGUCGCACAAAGCGUGGCGUCGGACAUUGGUGAAAUGAGGUCGAUGCACGAUGAACUGGCCAUACUCGAAGAGUCAGGACAAGGGAAAAUGUGCCGUCGUUGUUUGCGUGGUUUCGAUGAUGAUACGUUAACCGUACCCGAUUACGCAUCAUCGAUUGCAUGCACCGAAGACGGUGACGAUGCUAGUCUCAAUGAAUUGCUGCAGCAACGCACAAACAGUGUUCAAAACAUAUACAAUUCGCAGAUCAUCACAGCAAAUCAGGAUGUGUCUAAUGCGGAUUCAACGCUAUCGGCACCCAGUCCAAAUCCAUACCGUGAUCUGGUCGACAAGUAUGAAGCAUUGUUGGAGGUUCAUAAUGCAGCGUUCCGAAAUCGACAGGACGAAUCAACACCAACCAGUUCGUUGCAUGACGAAUUGGCUUCGGGCAAUUCAAGUUCGGCCAAUACCAGCAAAGAGGCGAGCGAACCAAGCCCACAGAACAAAGAGAAUAUGACUGCGGCAGUAACUGGAGCUAAACGAAAACUCAACUUGCGUACACCAACCGAUUUCUCUGAAGCAGAAACAUCCAGCUCGGGCUAUUCGGAUGAAAUCAGCAACAAAUGCACACAAACCGAGGAGACAUUCUUGUGUACCAUCGCUGAUGGUGACGAUAAAUUUAGCAUUUACGAUGAAACAUCACCGAUUGACUCACGUUUCCGUCAUUGCCCGAAAUAUCGGCAUUUGUUCAAGGAGAUUUUUGCGACAUUAAAAAAGGCUGCCGAGAAUAAAGAUGAGGGUGAAAAAUUGCCACUGCUUGAUGACACCAAUCCGGCAUUUAAGGUGCCACCAGUUACACCGGCCGUCGAAGAGUUACCGACCUUCCCUGAAGUUGAAGACACCGAGAGCGUUAUUUCGUCCGUUGUGUCCGAGCAAUCCAUUGCAAUGUCGGAAUGUGUCACGAAACAUGAGCGCAAAACGGCCAAAAAGAAGACCGGCCAAGAGAACAAAACGCCAACGAAGAAAGAAGUAUUCGAAAAUGGACGAACAUUGACGCCACACAAACGUGAACCGCUCGAAUAUUUGGCGUUCAACAAUUUACGCAAAAAGAACAAGAAACGAAAUCGUCAAGGUGCCAUAGAUCCAUCAGAUUCACCAGCUCUCAUUCCAACUUCGCCACGAUUUUUCUAUGCAUCGAAUCGCAAGAGACGCGAUCGCGUUGCUUACGACUUCCCGAAGGAUGGGUCCAAUGCAAACAAUGCCGAUGGUGCCCAGGGUACAUCAAACAAUUCGGAUGUCGUUUGGAACGGUAACUCAAUCACCGUUUACAAUCGCAACAUGCAGACCGGACGAAAAACGACUGCAACUGGUGAAACAGUUGUUUUUCGCACGAAGAGUGCCGCUGCACAUGAUCUACACAAACUCAUGAAAUUGGAUCUAUCGUAUGCCGAGGUAUUGCGAUGUGCCGAUCAAACCGGCAAAAAUAAGCUAAACUACCGUCGAAAAUGAGCUGUAACGUGAACGAGAACAAAAGAAUGUCAGAGCUAUUUGAACUGUCUUAUAUUUUUUUAUUCUUCUCAAAAAUGUGCCACAAGAGGAACGGACAAUUUCAAAACUUCAAAUAUUUAUUUAGAUUUGUCUAUCGAUUCCAACACAAAGUCAUAGAAAUUUUAACGAUUUAGUUUCUUUUUUUUUUUGCAAUUUCUAUUUAGGAAGAUUUUCUCAAAUUUCUGCCGCCAAUCGCGGGCAAGAUUUGCAACAUUCCCAAUUUUUUUUUCUAUAAGAACAAAUUCUCUAUCUUUAUUCUCAUUUUAUAUUUACACUGAAAAAAGGAGCACACUACACAGAACCCUAGCCGAUUUAAAUUAGAGAUAGAAUUUUGUUUUAGGAAAGUUCGCGAAAGAAAAAAAUCGAAGACAUUUGCACGAGAAAUCAGAAACACAGCUCUUGAUUUAUAGUCUAUUUAGCCAUUAAAAAUAACAACACAUCAGUAGCCAUACAGAAACAAUAUUACGUAAUAUUAUUUAACACGGAAAAAAUGAUAAACAACUGUUGCAAAAAACGCAUGUGCAUAUUAUACACGGCUUGUAUAAUUUAGUUAAAUUUUUUUUUUGCAUUGUACCUAUAUUGUUAGAGAGAGAAAAAGAAAUCGAGGAGUUUUUAUCGCGCAAUUUAUGGUUUUAACACCUCCUAAACGAAGCAACUGAUUUUGAUACCGUACAAUCAUUACUUACGGCCAAUAAACAAUAUCAGCUACCAUUCGAAAUCAGAGCAGUGCACGAACCACGAUGAGUUUGAUCAAUAAAUUUUGAGCUUAAUUACCCAUCCAUUGAUUACAGUUCCAAUUGUAUUUUUUUUAGUUUUUCAUUUCAACCGAUUUCCUAGCGUUCAAUUGUACAUUUUCGAGUAAACAGCAAAUAAGAGAAAAAAAAAUUGUCCAAAAAAUAUGUUUUAUGUACAAAUUUGGUUUUUAAAAUAGUUAAGUUAUUGUGAAUGACUUUAAAGAAUUUGACGAUUUCGUUCAAACGAUAUGCAUGUUUUUCAUUUUUUUUUUCGUAAAUUUGUACAUUUGUUUUUUUUGUUCAAGAGCGAGCAUGAUCUGAACGUUUAAAACAAAAUAAAUUUUGAAUUUUGAAACAGAA